UGCAAGGUUUGGACUGCAGCUCCCAUUAAGCGUAUCAGUGAAACGAUUUGUAAUUAACGUGUUGUUUUCUAAAGACGAGUAAGACAGAACACAGGCAUUUGACAGUUCGCAACUUCUUUGACCUGGAAAAGAAACACUACCUUUGACCUGGCUCGUAGACGUGGAAGGGCAUCAAUGUGUGGUUACAUUUCUUGUGAAAACUAGGUGCCUGUUUAGUCAACGAGCUAGCUAUUUUGGUUCGUUAUUGUUUUUUUGCAUUUUAAUUGGAAAUGACAUGCAUAUAGGUUGGUAGCUACUUCAAAAACAGGCUUAAAAAAUGCAGAUCCAUUCUGCGUUUACCUUUCUAGCUGGCUAGCUAACGUUACUUUUCACGAUUUGUAAACUGGCUGCUUAGCUAGGUAGCUAGUUUGCGAUCAUAUCAUAUAGCUAAUUCAAUUGAAUUGGUGACACGAACCUCCAGUGAUCAACCUAAGAGUUAGCGUGCUUCGAUAUUUUAGUUUCUCGGUAUUUGUUUUAGUAGUUAGCAGCGUUUCUAGUUAAGUUAAUCUAAAUUGAUCACUAUUUGACGAGCGCGACAGACUAACAUAGAGUAGCUAGCUCGUUAGCUGGAUUUGCUCGCUAAUGGGAAAUUGACACGUACGUUAACGUUACUGUUUUCAAACAGUCACCAGGGUGGGGUAGCUAAUUAGUCUUUAUCAUACCGCAAAUAUUCUGCCACCUUUGGAAAGCUCAUUUAUUUGGUUUAACGCGGCAGCCAAGUGUCAUAUUUUGCGAUGGCUCCAAUGGGCAUUCGAUUGUCUCCGCUUGGCAUUGUGGUGUUCUGUUUGCUUGGACUUGGCGUGAUCUAUCACCUUUACUCCGGGGUUAUAUCCAACAGAAUAGCUGCUUUCAAACAGGGAGAUAUUGUGGACCUUCGGGACCUGCUUGCUAUAUCUGUUGAGGCGGCUGUUCUGGGUGGCAAAGAGGUGAAACGGAUUCGAGACGAUAACGAGUUGGAGGAGAGGUCUAAAGGGAAAACUAAAGAAGGUGCAAAUGAGAAGCUCACUCUUGGAGACUUGAACUCACACAGAAAAAUGUUUAAUCUCAUCAAAAACACGUUUCCCUAUUUACAGGUGAAUUCAGAGGAGCAUGAUGACGAAGGAGUUCAGGAGACUUCUGUGUGGAACCGUGUGAUUCCCAACGACAUACGUGCGGUGGUGACCUCCAGCAAGGAAGUCCCAGCGGGGAGCGUCACUGUGUGGAUUGACCCACUGGAUGCCACGCAGGAGUACACGGAGAACCUCCGUCAGUAUGUUACAACAAUGGUUUGUGUGGCUGUGAAUGGUGAUCCAGUUAUAGGGGUAAUCCAUAAGCCCUUUACAGGAUAUACAGCUUGGGCGAUGGUUGGCAGUGGCUCUAAUGUGGCCGCCCGUGAUUCGUACAAUGAGAAGGCGCUGCAGGUGAUCGUGUCACGCUCCCAUGCUGGUAAAGUGAAGGAGUUUGUCGCGGCAGCGCUUGGCAACGAUACCGUGGUCAUUCCAGCAGGAGGAGCAGGUUACAAGGUUCUUUCUCUGUUGAAUCCAUCUGAUGAAAAGGAUGAUAAAGCAGACAUCUACAUCCACACCACGUUUAUCAAGAAAUGGGAUAUCUGUGCAGGGAAUGCCAUUUUAAAAGCACUGGGUGGUCACAUGACAACGUUAAAAGGAGAAGAAAUAGACUAUAGAGGCUCUCCAGCCAAUAGCGGUGGACUACUGGCCAGCAUAAACACUGAUCACGAAGCGUUAGUUGAAAAGCUGUCAAGCCCAGACAAAGAGAAGGGCAGAUAGAAUAAUAAAAAACUGUUUAACUUGCAACAUUGUCUGAAAUAAUAUGUAUAUCAUCCUAGUUCUGGAAAAAAUAUAAAUAUUUUGUUUUUAUUUGGCAAGGAACAAAACCAAUAUAUGUAUGAACCAGGGGAGGAUGCACAAGCACAACCACAUUGAUCACAAGGGCAUGCUUGAAAGUACUGUUUAUAAGAAAGACUGGUACCAGCACAGCCCCAAGUCAGAGCUGCUUUCAUUUUACACAUCCUUGAGCAAACCCCAUUUUGGCAAUCAUGGUCCAUUUAGAUGUGCUUAGUAUAUCCACAAACGGUACUGUAUAUACUCAUUGAGUCCAGCCUUGUGUGAUAUUAUGAGAACCGUUUGGUUGUGAAGAUAUUACGUAAUGCAUACAAUUUGUUUCCCUUUUUUAGAGAAUGGUUGCACAUUGCACAUGUAGUUUUGUGACUGCCUUACCAUACAGGUUGUUAAAUUGACGUGCUUGACAUUCCCUUCUCGUACUAAUUUCUUCAUGUUUAUUUCUUGACCCACAAAAUAAAAACCCAAUUGCUUGUACAUGCAAUGGGAUACACUGAUUAUUUUAGUGAUAUUAGUUUGUGUAAGCAGAUGGCUCUGCUUACCCUGCUGGUGAGAGCCGGUUCAAAUGCUGUUUGAUAGUAUGGCUACACUGGUGUGCGAAAUAUCAUUCUGUUUUAAUAUAA